AAACGCCUGCGAGUCUCCAGAGAACAACGGGCUCAUUCAGCGGUCGCGAGCUGCCCGCGAGGGGGAGCGGCCGGACGGAGAGCGCGACCCGUCCUGGGGGUGGGGCCGGGCGCAGCGGCUAGAGGAGGCGAAGGUGGCUGCGGCAGCAGCAGCGCGGCAGCCUCGGACCCAGCCCGGAGCGCAGGGCGGCCGCUGCAGGUCCCCGCUCCCCUCCCCGUGCGUCCGCCUAUGGCCGCCGCGGGGCAUCUGUGCUUGCUCUACCUGUCGGCGGGGCUCCUGCCCCGGCUCGGCGCAGCCUUCAACUUGGACACUCGGGAGGACAACGUGAUCCGGAAAUAUGGAGACCCCGGGAGCCUCUUCGGCUUCUCGCUGGCCAUGCACUGGCAACUGCAGCCCGAGGACAAGCGGCUGUUGCUCGUGGGGGCCCCGCGGGCAGAAGCGCUUCCACUGCAGAGAGCCAACAGAACGGGAGGGCUGUACAGCUGCGACAUCACCGCCCGGGGGCCAUGCACGCGGAUUGAAUUUGAUAACGAUGCUGACCCCACGUCAGAAAGCAAGGAAGAUCAGUGGAUGGGGGUCACCGUCCAGAGCCAAGGUCCAGGGGGCAAGGUCGUGACAUGUGCUCACCGAUAUGAAAAAAGGCAGCAUGUUAAUACGAAGCAGGAAUCCCGAGACAUCUUUGGGCGGUGUUAUGUCCUGAGCCAGAAUCUCAGGAUUGAAGACGAUAUGGAUGGGGGAGAUUGGAGCUUUUGUGAUGGGCGAUUGAGAGGCCAUGAGAAAUUUGGCUCUUGCCAGCAAGGUGUAGCAGCUACUUUUACUAAAGACUUUCAUUACAUUGUAUUUGGAGCCCCGGGUACUUAUAACUGGAAAGGGAUUGUUCGUGUAGAGCAAAAGAAUAACACUUUUUUUGACAUGAACAUCUUUGAAGAUGGGCCUUAUGAAGUUGGUGGAGAGACUGAGCACGAUGAAAGUCUCGUUCCUGUUCCCGCUAACAGUUACUUAGGUUUUUCUCUGGACUCAGGGAAAGGUAUUGUUUCUAAAGAUGAGAUCACUUUUGUAUCUGGUGCUCCCAGAGCCAAUCACAGUGGAGCCGUGGUUUUGCUAAAGAGAGACAUGAAGUCUGCACAUCUCCUCCCUGAGCACGUAUUCGAUGGAGAAGGUCUGGCCUCUUCAUUUGGCUAUGAUGUGGCGGUGGUGGACCUCAACAAGGAUGGGUGGCAAGAUAUAGUUAUUGGAGCCCCACAGUAUUUUGAUAGAGAUGGAGAAGUUGGAGGUGCAGUGUAUGUCUACAUGAACCAGCAAGGCAGAUGGAAUAAUGUAAAGCCAAUUCGUCUUAAUGGAACCAAAGAUUCUAUGUUUGGCAUUGCAGUAAAAAAUAUUGGAGAUAUUAAUCAAGAUGGCUACCCAGAUAUUGCAGUUGGAGCUCCAUAUGAUGACUUGGGAAAGGUUUUUAUCUAUCAUGGAUCUGCAAAUGGAAUAAAUACCAAACCAACACAGGUUCUCAAGGGUAUAUCACCUUAUUUUGGAUAUUCAAUUGCUGGAAACAUGGACCUUGAUCGAAAUUCCUACCCUGAUGUUGCUGUUGGUUCCCUCUCAGAUUCAGUAACUAUUUUCAGAUCCCGGCCUGUGAUUAAUGUUCAGAAAACCAUCACAGUAACUCCUAACAGAAUUGACCUCCGCCAGAAAACAGCGUGUGGGGCGCCUAGCGGGAUAUGCCUCCAGGUUAAAUCCUGUUUCGAAUAUACUGCUAACCCCGCUGGUUAUAAUCCUUCAAUAUCAAUUGUGGGCACACUUGAAGCUGAAAAAGAAAGAAGAAAAUCUGGGCUAUCCUCAAGAGUUCAGUUUCGAAACCAAGGUUCUGAGCCCAAAUAUACUCAAGAACUAACUCUGAAGCGGCAGAAACAGAAAGUGUGCAUGGAGGAAACCCUGUGGCUACAGGAUAAUAUCAGAGAUAAACUGCGUCCCAUUCCCAUAACUGCUUCAGUGGAGAUCCAAGAGCCAAGCUCUCGUAGGCGAGUGAAUUCACUUCCAGAAGUUCUUCCAAUUCUGAAUUCAGAUGAACCCAAGACAGCUCAUAUUGAUGUUCACUUUUUAAAAGAGGGAUGUGGAGACGACAAUGUAUGUAACAGCAACCUUAAACUAGAAUAUAAAUUUUGCACCCGAGAAGGAAAUCAAGACAAAUUUUCUUAUUUACCAAUUCAAAAAGGUGUACCAGAACUAGUUCUAAAAGAUCAGAAGGAUAUUGCUUUAGAAAUAACAGUGACAAACAGCCCUUCCAACCCAAGGAAUCCCACAAAAGAUGGCGAUGAUGCCCAUGAGGCUAAACUGAUUGCAACGUUUCCGGACACUUUAACAUAUUCUGCAUAUAGAGAACUGAGGGCUUUCCCUGAGAAACAGUUGAGUUGUGUUGCCAACCAGAAUGGCUCACAAGCUGACUGUGAGCUUGGAAAUCCUUUUAAAAGAAAUUCAAAUGUCACUUUUUAUUUGGUUUUAAGUACAACUGAAGUCACCUUUGACACCCCAGAUCUGGAUAUUAAUCUGAAGUUAGAAACAACAAGCAAUCAAGAUAAUUUGGCUCCAAUUACAGCUAAAGCAAAAGUGGUUAUUGAACUGCUUUUAUCGGUCUCGGGAGUUGCUAAACCUUCCCAGGUGUAUUUUGGAGGUACAGUAGUUGGUGAACAAGCUAUGAAAUCUGAAGAUGAAGUGGGAAGUUUAAUAGAGUAUGAAUUCAGGGUAAUAAACUUAGGUAAACCUCUUACAAACCUCGGCACAGCAACCUUGAACAUUCAGUGGCCAAAAGAAAUUAGCAAUGGGAAAUGGUUGCUUUAUUUGGUGAAAGUAGAAUCCAAAGGAUUGGAAAAGAUAACUUGUGAGCCACAAAAUGAGAUAAAUGUCCUGAACCUAAAGGAGUCUCACAACUCAAGAAAGAAACGGGAAAUUACUGAAAAACAGAUAGACGAUAACAGAAAAUUUUCUUUAUUUGCUGAAAGAAAAUACCAGACUCUUAACUGUAGCGUGAACGUGAACUGUGUGAACAUCAGAUGCCCACUGCGAGGGCUGGACAGCAAGGCGUCUCUUAUUUUGCGCUCGAGGUUAUGGAAUGGCACAUUUCUAGAGGAAUAUUCCAAACUGAACUACUUGGACAUUCUCAUGCGAGCCUUCAUUGAUGUGACUGCUGCUGCUGAAAAUAUCAGGCUGCCAAAUGCAGGCACUCAGGUUCGUGUGACUGUGUUUCCCUCAAAGACUGUAGCUCAGUAUUCGGGAGUACCUUGGUGGAUCAUCCUAGUGGCUAUUCUCGCUGGGAUCUUGAUGCUUGCUUUAUUAGUGUUUAUACUAUGGAAGUGUGGAUUCUUUAAACGCUCUAGGUACGAUGACAGUGUUCCCCGAUACCAUGCCGUAAGGAUCCGGAAAGAAGAGCGAGAGAUCAAAGAUGAAAAGUAUAUUGAUAACCUUGAAAAAAAACAGUGGAUCACAAAGUGGAAUGAAAAUGAAAGCUACUCAUAGGGGGGACCUAAAAAAAAAAAGCUUCACAGUACCCAAACUGCUUUUUCCAACUCAGAAAUUCAAUUUGGAUUUAAAAGCCUGCUCAAUCCCUGAAGACUGAUUUCAGAGUGACUACACACAGUACGAACCUACAGUUUUAACUGUGGAUAUUGUUACGUAGCCUAAGGCUCCUGUUUUGCACAGCCAAAUUUAAAACUGUUGGAAUGGAUUUUUCUUUAACUGCCUUAAUUUAACUUUCUGGGUUGCCUUUGUUUUUGGCGUGGCUGACUUACAUCAUGUGUUGGGGAAGGGCCUGCCCAGUUGCACUCAGGUGACAUCCUCCAGAUAGUGUAGCUGAGGAGGCACCUACACUCACCUGCACUAACAGAGUGGCCGUCCUAACCUCGGGCCUGCUGCGCAGACAUCCAUCACGUUAGCUGUCCCACAUCACAAAACUAUGCCAUUAGGGUAGUUGUGUUUCAAUGGAAAGUGCUGUCUUAAACUAAAUGUGCAAUAGAAGGUGAUGUUGCCAUCCUACCGUCUUUUGCUGUUUCCUAGCUGUGUGAAUACCUGCUCACGUCAAAUGCAUACAGGUUUCAUUCUCCCUUUCACUAAAACACACAGGUGCAACAGACUUGAAUGCUAGUUAUACUUAUUUGUAUAUGGUAUUUAUUUUUUCUUUUCUUUACAAACCAUUUUGUUAUUGACUAACAGGCCAAAGAGGCUCCAGUUUACCCUUCAGGUUGGUUUACUCAAUCAGAAUUAGAGCAUGGGAGGUCAUCACUUUGACCUAAGUUAUUUACUGCAAAAAGAAAAUCUUUAUAAAUGUACCAGAGAGUUGUUUUAAUAACUUAUCUAUAAAUUAUAACCUCUCCUUCAUGACAACCUCCACCCCACAACACAAAAGGUUUAAGAAAUAGAAUUAUAACUGUAAAGAUGUUUAAUUAUUUCAGGCAUUGGAUAUUUUUUAGUUUAGAAGCCUGCGUAAUAUUUCUGCAUUUCAUACUGUAACAUUCAGGAAUUCUUGGAGAAAAUGGGUUUAUUCACUGAACUCUAGUGCAGUUUACUCACUGCUGCAAAUACUGUAUAUUCAGGACUUGAAAGAAAUGGUGAAUGCCUAUGGUGGAUCCAAACCGAUCCAGUAUAAGACUACUGAAUCUGCUACCAAAACAGCUAAUCAGUGAGUUGAUGUUCUAUUUUUUGUUUUGUUUUGUCCCCUAUCUGUAUUCCCAAAAGUUACUUUGGGGCUAAUUUAACAAGAACUUUAAAUUGUGUUUUAAUUGUAAAAAUAGCAGGGGGUGGAAUUAUUACUCUAUACAUUCAACAGAGACUGAAUAGAUAUGAAAGCUGAUUUUUUUAAUUACCAUGCUUCACAAUGUUAAGUUAUAUGGGGAGCAACAGCAAACAGGUGCUAAUUUGUUUUGGAUAUAGUAUAAGCAGUGUCUGUCUUUUGAAAGAAUAGAACACAGUUUGUAGUGCCACUGUUGUUUUGGGGGGCUUUUUCUUUUCAGAAAUCUUAAACCUUAAGAUACUAAGGACGUUGUUUUGGUUGUACUUUGGAAUUCUUAUUCACAAAAUAUAUUUUGUUUACAAAAAUUUCUGUAAAACAGGUUAUAACAGUGUUUAAAGUCUCAGUUUCUUGCUUGGGGAACUUGUGUCCCUAAUGUGUUUAGAUUGCUAAGGAGCUGAUAUUUUGACAGUGUUUUUAGACCUGUGUUACUAAAAAAAGAUGAAUGUCCUGAAAAGGGUGUUGGGAGGGUGGUUCAACAAAGAAACAAAGAUGUUAUGGUGUUUAAAUUUAUGUUUGUUAAAAAUGUCAUCUCAAGUCAAGUCACUGGUCUGUUUGCAUUUGAUACAUUUUUGUACUAACUAGCAUUGUAAAAUUAUUUCAUGAUUAGAAAUUACCUGUGGAUAUUUGUAUAAAAGUGUGAAAUAAAUUUUUUAUAAAAGUGUU